AUGCAUUUUUUACCACACGAAGUUCAACUUGAUGUCUUAAAAUGUCUUGAUUUCGAUCAAAUAUUUUCAUUUAAACAAACUAAUUUUUAUUUCAAAAAUUUAAUUAAGAAAUAUGAGGAGGGAUUGGCGAGAAAGAAAUUUAAUGGACUCUUUAUUGUACAUGUUUAAAUAUUUGUUUUUAUUUAUUUCUUAUUUUGGGAUCACCCCACAAGAUCAAAAUCCUAGAGGACAAGACUCCAGAGAUCAAGACCCUGAAGAUCAAAUGACCCCAGAGAUCAAGACCCUACAGAUCAAAUUACCCUACAGAUCAAAUCCAAAAUAUCAACAUU